AUGUCGAAGGACGAUGCAAAGGACCCAAAAGAGCCCACGUACGAAGACUACCUCGAACGCGACAAGUACAACGACGAUGAAUGGGAAUAUCGCCAUGUGAUUCUGCCAAAGCCAAUGCUCAAACUGCUUCCGGAAUCGUACUUUGACCCGGCCGAGCCGGGGGUUCUGCGCAUCCUCGCCGUCAAGGAGUGGCGCGAUAUCGGCAUCACCCAGAGCGUCGGCUGGGAGCACUACGAGGUGCACGCGCCCGAACCGCACAUCCUCCUCUUCCGUCGUGAAAAGGACUUUCUCGAGAAGGUAAGCCCCAUCCUUCCCUCGCCACCAUUUCGGCCCACUGACAUCUUUGUGUGCGAGGGGGUUCAGUAUCAAGCUCAGGUGGCGGCACAGGCACGGGCACAGCAAAACGGCAAAAAGUAA